AUGGCCAUUAAGGUAGACCUUGAGAAAGCCUACGAUCGUUUAGAAUGUGAUUAUAUUGAAGAUACUCUCAACGCGGUUGGUUUACUUGAGAAGUUCAUUAGUCGGAUCAUGACUUGUGCGAUUGAAGAGAAAAUGGAUUUAGGUGCUUGGAAACAAAUUCGUCUUUCUCGUAAUGGUCCUGGUUUGUCACAUCUUUUCUUUGCAGACGAUGUAGUGUUAUUCGCAGAGGCCUCUACAGAUCAAAUUAAUGUUAUUAGGGAAGUACUUGAUCGUUUUUGCGAGGAAUCAGGUCAUCGAAUUAGUGUGACAAAAACUCAAUUUUUUUCUCUAAAAACAGCCCAAGGAGUAGGAGAAACAACAUUGCUCAGAGCUUUGGGUUUGAGGUCAGUGAUUUGGGAAGGGUGGGCAGCGAAAUCUCUCUCGCUUGUUGGAAGAGUAACUCUAGCUAAAGCGGUUCUUCAAACAAUCCGGACUUAUGUUUUGCAAUCUACAUGGAAUCUGGAAAAUUAUGCGAGGAAAUUGAGAAAAUCAUUAGCCGUUUUGUUUGGGGUUCGAUGGAGGCAUGGUAUACAUGACUUGUAUCGUCAAAAUAAGGCAUUCUUGUUAAAAGUUGGUUUUCGAUUGCUUACAAAACCAGAUAAGUUGUGGGUUCAAGUUAUACGUUCCAAGUAUAAGUGGGAGGACCCAUAUCCGUUGACUUUACGCCAUGGCAGCGGAUCUCAACCAUGGAAAGGUCUUCAACGUAUUUGGAAUGAUUUUAGUAAUAUUUCCUGGAACGUUCGUAAUGGACAAGAAAAGGAUUUUUGGUAUGAUCAUUGGUUGGAUGCUGAAGAUAGACUAGUCUUCUCCUAUACAGGUUCGACCUCGCCAAAUCCAACUCCGGUGUGCGAUAUGUGCCUUCCUUCAGGAACUUGGGACUGGGGUAAACUAUCCACUGUUCUCCCUGAACACAUCUUACAGCGUAUUGCGGCUGUCCAACCACCACAGGCUAGUUUCGGACCUAAUUUUCCGGGUUGGCGAUGA